GUUGGUCUGCAAUAGGUUUGGAGCGCCUUAUCCCUCCUCCUGAUGGUGAAGCUCUCUACCUUCUUCGGCAGGAAGGCUGUUUCCUCUUGAAAUCUGGGGGCUGGGGGGGCUUCUGGACUUUCUCCUCUGUGACACCAGGACUAGAGGAGUGAGGUGUUUUAUUACCUGGUGAGGCAGGCUUCAUCGACACCUUUCGUAAUCUGGUGACCACACAUGGCAUCCUGAUAAUUUGAAUUAGUCUAGGGGUGGGUUGAAAUGGUAUCUCAAAUGCCCUGCCUGUGAUACACAUGCAGCAUCUAAGCUACCAUUUGAUGCCCCUCCAAACUCACACAGUUUUUGCCUGUAUUGUGGUAAGCGACCUUUGGUUCCCCAAACUCCCCAUCUGAAGAAUCUGCUGAGAAAAGCCGUCCAGCAGGUUGAGACGCUGAAAAAGACAUAUUUGGCUGCUCUAAUUUGAAUGAAUUUGUGGAGACUUCUUCUUCUCAGGCAACGGGAGGGCAGGGACCUCUGUCAAGUGCCCUGCUUGGGAAGCUAGGCAGGAGAGAACUGGGAAGGAAGGCCCCUCCCAGGUGAGGUGGUGAUACCUAAUUUGCAUAUUGACCUGCCUAGCGGAGCAAGUGGGCAGGGGACAACCCUAUUCUAGGGUGCCCUCUUCCUUGCAGUAAAACAGAAGCUUACACUUAAAAACAAAUGAAAUCUUGCAUUGAAAGGUCCUGUACUGUAUUCUGGAGGAAGGCAACGUGAACUUGCAUCGCUGUUAUCCAAAGUUAUGUUGCUGCCUUGCACUUUUAGCAAGAUCUGACUCUUGCCUACUUACUAAGACUUAUUUCCCAGUAGCAAAUGGAAAAGAAGCAAAGGAAUUUUUUUGCGAGUGCAUUGCAGCUUUUUAUCCUGCAUGGUUACAUACCCAGAUCCUGUUCCAUGUUGAAGAGCUCGUGCAUUCAAUUGCAAAAUGGGAGAAUAUUUCAAGGGUGCCAUUAACACUCUCCCGUUGGUUUCAGUGGGACUUGAAGGAUUAAUUUUGAAUGGAUUGUACCCAAAGAUGAUGUGCAAAUGAGGAUCUCUGGCAGGCAUGGCUGGUUCAUAAGCUCUGAAUCCAUAAGCCCAGCCUAGGAGGUAGUAGCUUUUGCUGCUGCACAACCUAUUUCUGGUGAAAUGGAAUUUGCAGAAAUGGAAAUUUCUUUUGAAACGUGUUCAAGAAUGUAAACAUUAGUUUACCCCUUACCCCAUGAAGUUUUUAUGUCUAAUUGCAUAACUAAGGUGAUCGUGGACAAACUCCACAAAUACCUUAUGCUGGGAAAGAAAACAUAAACUUAAAAUAUUUAAUGUUUUAUUUUAAAACGGGAAGGGAGAAGUGAAAAUAAUAUAGGGGAGCCUAGGUUUGCAGUGUCUGAUUUUAACAUUUUUUAUCUUGGCGUAUGCGGUUAACAUAUUUGAACAUAUUUACACUAAUCUGAUCUGCAGGAAGAUCCUCUAACAAAAAUGUCCAUUUUGGAGAUGUUAGUAGGUCCUUAUUGAUUUUUUGUUAAUUAUUUCAAAACGUGUGUAAAAAUGCAAACCAAUUAAAAAAACGCUGUAUUUUUUCCCCCUAUCAGGAAAAUGUGGAUUUAAUGUUUUGGGGAAAGGGGGGCUUUUUCAAGAGUGUGGUUUUUGCUGUUCAGCCCAGUAAAACAGUGCCUAAUGGGCAGGUCACUGCCCAUUUGAAGUAACAUACCUUCAAAUCUGCUUGUCCAAUUGAUUAAUAUGUGGGAGGCUGGUUAAGAAUUUGAUCCCUCCUUACUCUAAAAUGAAAGGGGGCUGGACAUGGGCGUAGCCAGGGUUUUUGUUGAGGGGGGCGGGGUGCACAACCUCCAUUAGCUUUGUAUUUUUAUUGAUUUUUAUUGAUGGAGGCUUGCCAGGGCAGCUUCUAAAAAAAGGCUCAGCACAGCAACUUCGGCUUUCCAAAAAAGAAAAAAGAAAAAGCUCAAUAAGUUUGGCUUCCUGAAAAAAAAAAGCUCAACAAUUUUGGUUCAUCCAACGACAAUGGGUAGAUCACUGCCAGUUGUUUUAUACAGUGGUACCUCGGUUUAUGAACACAAUUGGUUCCGGAAGUCUGUUCAUAAACUGAAGCGUUCAUAAACUGAAGCGAACUUUCCCAUUGAAAGUAAUGGAAAGUGAAUUAAUCCGUUCCAAAUGGGUCCGCGGAGUACUUAAACUGAAGCAUUCAUAAACUGAAGUGAACUUUCCCAUUGAAAGUAAUGGAAAGUGGAUUAAUCUGUUCCAGACGGGUCUGCGGAGUACUCAACCUGAAGUGUACUUAACCCGAAGCAUGGGUGUAAUUGGUUCCGGAAGUCUGUUCAUAAACUGAAGCGUUCAUAAACUGAAGCGAACUUUCCCAUUGAAAGUAAUGGAAAGUGAAUCCGUUCCAGAUGGGUCCACGGCGUUCAUAAACCGAAAAUUCGUAAACUGAGGUGUUCAUAAACCGAGGUUCCACUGUACUGUGAAUAGAUCACAGUCUGUUGGGAGUUGGACGUCCCUCCCCUAGAUGGUUGCAGCAUCCGCAAAGGGCAUAAGCCGGCUUUGUAUCUUCACUAGAUACAAAAAAGGACAAGGUGCCUUUUUCACGCCACUGAAUCAACCGACCUUGAGAGUCUAAAUAUAGCAUGUAGAAUCUCUCAGUUCUGCAAGACUCCACCUUAGAUUCCACCUAAACAUUAGGAAGAACUUCCUGACAGUAAGAGCUGUUCGGCAGUGGAAUUUGCUGCCAAGGAGUGUGGUGGAGUCUCCUUCUUUGGAGGUCUUUAAGGAGAGGCUUGACAGGCAUAUGUCAAGAAUGCUUUGAUGGUGUUUCCUGCUUGGCAGGGGGUUGGACUGGAUGGCCCUUGUGGUCUCUUCCAACUCUAUGAUUCUAUGAUUCUAAGACACAUCUGCUGUGUCUUGUAGUUUUGAAGCAAAGUUGCUAACAUUUGAUUUAAAAAAUCAGGUUGGCGUGGCUUUAAGCAUAUGUAAAGGGACUCUGCUUACCGUAAGAUGUUUCUUAGUUCCCAGUUCCUUAUUUGCUUGAAAGUUUGAAACAUUGACAAAAAUGUCAAGUUACUAAAGUAAGCUUUUUGGGAUGUGGAGUGCUUUUAACUUUUCUGAUGUGGUAAACUGCCUUGGCAUAAAAGUGCAAGGAACGAAGAAACAGGGUUCCAUCAGCAGUCAUGCCCAUGGGAAAAAAUUGGUCCCUCAAUGCAGAUUUGGAUUAAUGGUGGGUCUCUGGGGUGAAAAGGUUGAAAAUUUGAAGGUUGAAAAUUUUACAAUUUUUUUAUUUGCUGUAAGCCGCCCAGAGUGGCUGGGGAAACCCAUUCAGAUGGGUGGUAUAAAUAUUAUUAUUAUUAUUAUUAUUAUUAUUAUUAUUAUUAUUAUUAAGAGAGCCUGUUUUAUUCCAUAUACUGUAUAGGCAAGUGAAAUUUAUUAUUAUAUUUAUUUAUACAACUUUUUCCCUGGCAGGGACUCAAGGCGGCUUAUGGAUAAAGAAAUAAGAACCACUUUUUUAAAUAAAAGUAUAUUGAUAGAAUUAAAAACUAUAAAAACAUAAAUUUAUAUAGUUAUAUAAACUUUAACUUUCUUUUUUCACUUGUUUGUUAGACUGUAUCCUAAACUGCCUUGGACAGAUGCUGUUUUGAAAGCCGAGGAUUAUAAAUGGAUAAAAUUAAGUUUUCUUUUAAACAAAAUACGAAGCGCAGCUGGAAGCGACAUAACCAGAGGCUUUGAAACUAUGGCAUGUGCGCAUGCGCCACCUUUCCGCGCCUGCCUAUAUUAAUGAUGGCGCAUGCGCUGUAGUGGACCCAGCUCUCUGAGGGGGCAAACCCCAAAGCACUUGAGCUGAAGAGGGCGCGUGCGAGUCAAGUAAAAAAAAAAGAGUGGCUGAGGUGAAGAGUGCGCAUGCGUUACGUCCGUUUAAAAGAAAAGGCGGCUGAGAGGAAGAGCGCGCACGCGGACGGACGCAUGCGCUGUGGCGUGGGAAGGCACGUUUGAGCGGGAGGGAGCGCACGCGCUUGUGGCCGUUUAACACACAGCAGUUGAGAGGAUUAGCACGAGCGGUGGGGCGCAUGCGCGGUGUGUGGGGGGGAAGGCGGUUGGAGGAGCGCGCGGGGACGCCGGCCGUCGUGGCAACCCUGAGGCGACGAUGUGGCACGGCAAGGCGGGGGCCCUGCUAGCGGUGGGGCUCGGCAUGGCUCUCGAGGCGCUGGCCUGCUGGCUAAUAGGGCAGCUGGGUCGGUCGUCCUCGUCGUGGUGGUGGUGGUGGCGGAGGAGGCCGCCUUCCCCGGUACGCGAGGUGCUUUUCUUCCCGUCGCGCGUCACGUGCGUGGAGUCGCUGCUGGCGGAGGAGCCGGCGACCCCGUGCGCGUGCCUGCUUCCCCACGGCGAGAGCGCGCUCGGGCGGCUCCUGGCGCUCCUGCUGUCGGCGCGGCGCUCGCUGGACCUGUGCGUCUUCGCUUUCUCCAACCCGCAGCUCGGCCGCGCCGUCGGCCUCCUGCACCAGAGGGGCGUCCACGUGCGCGUCGUCACCGACACUGACUACAUGGCCCUCAAGGGAUCGCGGAUCGGCGAACUCCGGAGAGCCGGAAUUCAGGUACGUCAUGAUCAGGAUAGUGGCUACAUGCACCAUAAAUUUGCCAUCAUUGACAAAAAAAUGCUGAUCACUGGCUCCCUGAACUGGACUACUCAAGCCAUUCAAAACAACAGAGAGAACCUGCUGGUAGUUGAAGACAGGGACUGUGUGAAUCUUUUCCUGGCAGAAUUUGAAAGGAUUUGGGAGGACUACAAUCCUGCUCAUUACACAUUUUUCCUCGAAGAACAGCAGGAACAGAAAAAGGAUAAAACUAUUCCUCAAACAAAAUUGCAGCUUAAAUGACUAUUUUGAAGCAGUAAAAUUUUAGUCCAAAGACUAGUUCCUAAGUUAUGUGUUUGAGAAUUGCAUAAAUUGCUUUAGGAGAAACUAAACGCAAAUUUAUGCUUCUUUAAAAAAAAUUGUACAAGCAACAUUGUGUGUUUGAAUUAUUUUUUUGAGAAAUAAUGGCCUGUACUUGUGUGCUAUUAUAUCUGUUCUCAAUAAAGCAUGCCUUUUACAUUCUAAUACAUAUGUUUCUGUUAUAAAAACAACUGUCCCCACAUGUAGAUAGCAUUUCAAGAAGAGUGUUUAUUCUGCCAUUCUCUUGGCAACCCUAGCAUCCACAUGCAGGGUGUUACUGGGGGGUGGGAACCUUUUUAACAUACAGCCAACUCCCAAAUUUAUGUGGUGCUUACAUUCCAAGGCACUGCACGUUUAAGUCAAGUUAAAUUUGAAAUACGACUGAAAAAGCCUGCAAAUACCCUGUUCCGCUCCCUUUUGUGACAUUUUUGGGUUACUUUCGAGUUCAGUGCAAUGCUUGUGUGCGUGAUUGCGCACAUAUCAGAUGUACCUAAAAUGUUUGCUCCCUGAACGGCUUUGUCCCCAUUGGUUUUUAAUGUUUGAUGUUUUUAUUAUGUUUUUCGAUAUGCUGUAAGCCACCCAGAAGCCCAGCCAUAUGGGUGGGGUAUAAGUAAAAUAAUAAAAAUAAUUACAGUAGAAUCAUUUGCCUUUGUAAAUGAGCAACAUAAAGCGAGAGACCUACUUGAAAAUAAAUGCCCAGUGUGUGAAUGGGUAUGAAUGUGUGUGCUUAACUCACAGAUAAUUCAUGUGCUGGUCUUUCAUGUGUGGAAGGGGAAGUAGUAUUACUGUUUUAUUCUGCCUUGGUCUGACCACACCUGGGCAACCAAGAUUAUUAAGGGUCUGGAAAUCAAGCCUUACAGUUUGAUGGAGUUGGGUAUGUUUAGCAUGGAAAAGAGACUGAGAGGAGAUAGGAUAGCCAUCUUAAAAAUCUAAAGGGCUGUCACAUGGAAGAUGGAGCAACCUUGUUUUCUCCUGCUCCAGAAGGUAGGACCUGAACUAAUGGAUUCAAGUUACAAGAAAGGACAUUACAACUAAACAUCAGGAAUAACUUUCUGACAGUAAGAGAUGUUAGACAGUGGAACGGACUCCUUUGGAAGGUUGUGGUGCUCUCUCCUUCUUUGGGGUUUUUUAGGCCAUCUGUCAUGGAUGCUUUAGUUGAGAUUUCUGCAUUGCAGGGGAUUGGACUAGAUGACCCUGGAGGUCCC